AAAUACUGCAAUUAUAAUUUAAUUUGAAUUUGAUUUCUUUAUUUAACCAUUAUACGAGAACACAUAAACUUCAACAGCACCAUUCCUGUGUUUUUCCAUGACGACUUCCGCUUUGCAAAGGACUACAAAGGGCAAUGAAGUCAGGUUUUGCAGGUUUAAAGGCGUUGCCGUGACACGCCUUUAUGAUACUAGAAAGCAGGAGCGAUUUUAUUACCUGUACUCACAGUAGCUCUUUACUGAUGUACAAGAGUUGCUGUUUGCUCCUUGUAUUGUAGAUCCCUCUAGAUCACUUUUACAAAUCUCUACAUUUGAUUUCUGCAUCUCUGCUUCUAUUAAAUUUAACCUUUUUUCUUCUCUUUGUUUAAACAGCCAAGCACAGCAGCAGAAAUGAGUGAAGGACCAGAAAGUGUCAGAGUUGUAGUGGUAGGUUCGGGUUUUGCAGGUUUGGCUGCUGCAUCCACACUGGUUAAGGCAGGAUUUAAAAAUGUUCUGGUUCUUGAGGCGAAGGAAAGAAUCGGAGGUCGGGUGCACACAGCUAAGCCAUUCACAGAGAAUGUCCUCGAAAUCGGUGCUAACUGGAUUCACGGACAGAAAGGAAACCCUCUUUUCCAGAUCGCAAAAGCAGAGAAUCUGCUGUCAGAGGAAGCAUCAGCAAGCAAAAAGAAGCGCGGUCCGCAAUCGGUAACCACCAGAGAUUACUUUUUUAGAGAAGAUGGAAAGCAAGUCUCAACAAAGGUUGUAGAUGAGGUGUGUUCGUACUUUAGCAAGCUCACUGACAAAGCAUUUGAUGAUGAACUUGAGCGCAAGUACAGAAAACUCUCUAUGGGCAAUUAUCUGGACAAAGCCUUUGAAGAAUCAUCUUUGGCGGAGACAGACGAUGGCAAAAAAGUGUUUGAAUGGUGCAAGAGGACUGAAUGCACAGAUGAAGCUUGUUCUUCUCUCUACGAGGUGUCUGCAUCUCAGGAUAGUAAUUACACUGAACCAGAGGGGGGGUUUUACAACACUUUAGGACCAGGUGGCUAUCGAGCAGUCUUAGAUGUUCUCCUGAGAAACCUGCCAGCAGAUACUAUCAAGUGUAAUGCACAGGUAAAGACCAUCCGGUGGGAUUUGAUUAAAAAUGAAGAAGAGGAUUAUCCCGUUCAGGUCGUAUGUGAAAACGAAAAGAGCUUUGAGGCAGAGCAUGUGAUUGUCACUGUUUCUUUGGGGGUUCUCAAAGACAAAGCAAAGACAAUGUUUCAGCCGUCCUUACCAAAAAACAAGCUAGAUGCCAUUGAGAAUCUCGGCUUCGGGACAGUGGGCAAAAUUUUCCUGUAUUUUGAGAAUAAGUUUUGGCCGGAGGACUGUUCUGGGAUUCAGAUGGUGUGGAAUGAGGGGCCAGAAGAUGAAGAAGUUUAUGAAGCUGCGUCUGAAGGAGAAGCCUGGAAGAAGACUUGGUACAAGAAGAUCACAGGCUUUAAUACAGUGGCACGUCACCCCACAGCACUUUUAGGCUGGAUCACAGGUAGAGAAGCACUGUAUAUGGAGACGCUUCCCGACAAUGAAAUCACCUCUGUCUGUUUAAGGUUGCUGAAGUCUUUCACAGGCUGGUCGGUGCCAGACGUCUCAAAGGCAUUAAUCACCAGAUGGGGUACUGAUUUCCACGUCCGUGGCUCCUAUUCAUUUGUCCCUCAAGAUGUUGAUGGAGUGAAAGAACAGAAGGCUUUAGCAUCACCUCUUCCCACUAAAAGUAAAGACAGCGAAGGAAAGCUUCAGGUGUUGUUUGCUGGUGAAGCUACGCAUGAGAACUUCUACACCACGACCCAUGGAGCUUACCUCACAGGUGUCAGAGAAGCACAAAGACUCAUCGACUAUUACAUAUGAACAGCACUGUCCUAGAGAAGAAAACAUGCACUUUGGUAUCAUGAAGACAACAUUUUAUGAGUCUGUUUACAUUUAACAUUUAUGCAUAUACCUUUUUAUUGUUAAACAGUUAUGUGUUGGCAUGCAUUAAUCAAGUAAUAUUUUUAAAGCAAUGCAAAAGAAUGCUCUUUAAAUAUACUAAUGAAAAGAUGAUUACAAUUUUGAUCAUAUAUAUUAGGGCUGUUAAGAUUAAUUGCGAUUAAUCACAUAUAAAAUAAAAGUUUGUUUUUGCGUAAUC